AUGGCUACUGACAGUGUUACCAUGGCUACUGACAGUGUAACCAUGGCUACUGACAGUGUAUCCAUGGCUAAUGACUGUGCAACAAUGGCUGCUGACAGUGCUGUCAUGGCCACCAACAGUGUAACCAUGGCUAUUGACUGUGCAACAAUGGCUGCUGACAGUGCUGUCAUGGCCACCAACAGUGUAACCAUGGCUAUUGACUGUGCAACAAUGGCUGCUGACAGUGCUGUCAUGGCCACCAACAGUGUAACCAUGGUCACAGACAGUGUACCCAUGGCCAUCAAAAGUGCAGUCAUGGCCAACAAUUCUCUAAGUAGCCAAUGA